CGGCGGCGGGCGCGGGCAAGAGGAGGAGGAGGACAGGCGGGCGGGCGGGUGCACAGAGAAUCCAUCGGCAGCUCCGGAACUGCCGGGGCUCGGCGGAGGCGGCGGCGGCAGCCCCAGAAGCCCUAGGUCACAGCUGCAUCUAACAGGCCAGUGACCAAGAUGUCCAGAGCAUAGUUCACGUGCGUCACUUCUAGACACAGCCACCAGACGCAGCACCUCCCCAGCCUGCCUGACCUGUUGCGUAGGGACACAUCCCGUCACUUCUCCUAACAUCUGCCCCACUGACCAUUGCUUCUUUUGAGAACAAGGUGAGAGGUGGACCCAUGACAUCAUACCACCGACAGCCGGAUGGCAGUGAGCAGAUGACGCCAAGUUGACGUCGAAGACAGAGACGACAGAAGCCUCUACAGCCUGUGUCCCCCAGCUGUUCCCUCAGAGUAGCCUGAGCCCAGUCCUGCUGGGGAAAUCAUCUUGGCUUGCAACAUCUUGAGGUCUUCGGACCAGGACUCUGGGACGCAGACACCAUGGAAGAUCAUAUGUUUGGUGUUCAGCAAAUCCAACCUAACGUCAUUUCUGUCCGCCUCUUCAAGCGCAAAGUUGGGGGUCUGGGAUUUCUGGUGAAGGAGAGGGUCAGCAAGCCACCAGUCAUCAUCUCUGACUUGAUCCGAGGAGGUGCCGCAGAGCAGAGUGGCCUCAUCCAGGCAGGAGACAUCAUUCUCGCCGUCAAUGGCCGGCCCUUGGUAGACCUCAGCUAUGACAGCGCCCUGGAAGUGCUCAGGGGUAUUGCCUCCGAGACCCACGUGGUCCUCAUUCUGAGGGGCCCCGAGGGUUUCACCACACACCUAGAGACCACCUUCACUGGGGACGGGACCCCCAAGACCAUCCGGGUGACCCAGCCCCUGGGUCCUCCUACCAAAGCCGUCGAUCUGUCCCACCAACCAUCGAUCAGCAAAGAGCAGCUGCUGGCAGUGGAUGGGGCUGCAGGUCCAGGAAAUGACCCUCAGCAUGUUCAAGGCAACAGGCAGGAGGCUGGCUCUCUCUCCCAUGCCAAUGGCUUGGCUGUUGAGCCUUCCGUGAAAAGUGCCAAGUUUGGUGUCCAGGGCAGUGGGGAGCACAACGAACUCCUCAGAGAGAUAGAGCCUGUGCUGAACAUCCUGAACAGUGGGGGCAAAGCAGUCAACAGAGGGGGACCUGCCAAGGCAGAGAUGAAAGACACAGGAGUUCAGGUGGACAGGGAACUUGAAGGCAAGUUGCACAAAGCCCUUCCUGUGGGCGGGGAUAAUGACCGAGGCUUCAGUGACCUGUGGGGGAAGGGCAAUGGCCCUGUGAUCCUCAACAACCCAUACUCCGAGAAGGAGCAGCCCCCCGCCUCGGGGAAACAGUCCCCCACCAAGAAUGGCAGCCCCUCCAAGUGCCCCCGCUUCCUCAAGGUCAAGAACUGGGAGACUGACGUGGUCCUCACCGACACCCUGCACCUCAAGAGCACACUGGAGACAGGAUGCACAGAGCAUAUCUGCAUGGGCUCCAUCAUGCUACCCUCCCAGCACACACGGAGGCCCGAAGACGUCCGCACAAAGGACCAGCUCUUCCCCCUCGCCAAAGAGUUUCUCGACCAGUACUAUUCAUCCAUUAAAAGGUUUGGCUCCAAGGCCCACAUGGAAAGGCUGGAGGAGGUGAAUAAGGAGAUCGUAAGUACCAGCACCUACCAGCUCAAGGACACGGAGCUGAUCUACGGCGCCAAGCACGCCUGGCGGAACGCCUCGCGCUGCGUCGGCAGGAUCCAGUGGUCCAAGCUGCAGGUGUUUGAUGCCCGCGACUGCACCACGGCCCACGGAAUGUUCAAUUACAUCUGUAACCACAUCAAGUAUGCCACCAACAAAGGGAACCUCAGGUCGGCCAUCACGAUAUUCCCUCAGAGGACCGACGGCAAGCACGACUUUCGAGUUUGGAAUGCCCAGCUCAUUCGCUAUGCCGGCUACAAGCAGCCUGACGGCUCCACCCUGGGGGACCCGGCCAACGUGCAGUUCACAGAAAUAUGCAUCCAACAAGGCUGGAAACCUCCAAGGGGCCGCUUCGACGUCCUGCCGCUCCUGCUCCAGGCCAAUGGCAAUGACCCUGAGCUCUUCCAGAUCCCCCCAGAGCUGGUGCUGGAAGUGCCCAUCAGGCACCCCAAGUUUGACUGGUUCAAGGACCUGGGACUCAAGUGGUACGGCCUCCCCGCCGUGUCCAACAUGCUCCUGGAGAUCGGCGGCCUGGAGUUCAGCGCCUGCCCCUUCAGCGGCUGGUACAUGGGCACGGAGAUCGGCGUCCGAGACUACUGUGAUAACUCACGCUACAACAUCCUGGAGGAAGUAGCCAAGAAGAUGAACUUGGACAUGAGGAAGACAUCCUCCCUGUGGAAGGACCAGGCGCUGGUGGAGAUCAACAUUGCUGUUCUAUACAGUUUCCAGAGUGACAAAGUGACCAUCGUUGACCACCACUCUGCCACCGAGUCCUUCAUCAAACACAUGGAGAACGAGUACCGCUGUCGAGGAGGCUGCCCGGCCGACUGGGUGUGGAUCGUGCCCCCCAUGUCUGGCAGCAUCACCCCUGUCUUCCACCAGGAGAUGCUCAACUAUCGGCUCACCCCGUCCUUCGAGUACCAGCCCGACCCUUGGAACACCCACGUGUGGAAGGGCACCAACGGGACCCCCACGAAGCGGCGAGCCAUCGGUUUCAAGAAGUUAGCCGAAGCCGUCAAGUUCUCGGCCAAACUGAUGGGGCAAGCCAUGGCCAAGCGGGUCAAAGCGACCAUUCUCUAUGCCACCGAGACAGGCAAAUCACAAGCCUAUGCCAAGACUUUGUGCGAGAUCUUCAAGCACGCCUUUGAUGCUAAGGUGAUGUCUAUGGAGGAGUAUGACAUUGUACAUCUGGAGCAUGAAGCCCUCGUUCUGGUGGUCACCAGCACCUUUGGCAAUGGAGACCCUCCUGAGAACGGGGAGAAAUUCGGCUGUGCUUUGAUGGAAAUGAGACACCCCAACUCUGUGCAGGAGGAAAGGAAGUACCCGGAACCCUUGCGUUUCUUUCCCCGUAAAGGGCCCUCGCUCCCCCAUGGUGAUUCAGAAGCUCACAGUCUGGCUGCUGCCCGUGACAGCCAACACAGGAGCUACAAGGGUCGAUUCAACAGCGUCUCCUCCUACUCCGACUCCCACAAGUCACCGGGCGACGGGGCUGAUGUCAGAGACCACUUUGAAAGUACGGGACCCCUGGCCAAUGUGAGGUUCUCAGUGUUCGGCCUCGGCUCUCGGGCAUAUCCUCACUUCUGCGCCUUCGGACAUGCUGUGGACACCCUCCUGGAAGAGCUGGGAGGGGAAAGGAUCCUGAAGAUGAGGGAGGGAGAUGAGCUAUGUGGACAGGAAGAAGCUUUCAGGACCUGGGCCAAGAAGGUCUUCAAGGCAGCCUGUGACGUGUUCUGCGUGGGGGAUGACGUCAACAUCGAGAAGGCGAACAAUUCCCUCAUCAGUAACGACCGCAGCUGGAAGAGGAACAAGUUCCGCCUCACCUACGUGGCCGAGGCGCCAGAGCUGACGCAAGGCCUUUCCAGCGUCCACAAAAAGCGAGUGUCCGCUGCUAGACUGCUCAGCCGUCAAAACCUACAGAGUCCUAAAUCCAGCCGAUCAACCAUCUUCGUGAGACUCCACACCAACGGGAACCAGGAGCUGCAGUACCAGCCUGGGGACCACCUAGGCGUGUUCCCCGGCAACCGCGAAGACCUGGUGACGGCGCUCAUCGAGCGGCUGGAGGACGCGCCUCCUGUCAAUCAGAUGGUGAAGGUGGAGCUGCUGGAGGAGCGGAACACGGCGCUGGGUGUCAUCAGUAACUGGAAAGACGAGCCUCGACUCCCGCCCUGCACCAUCUUCCAGGCCUUCAAAUACUACCUGGACAUCACCACGCCGCCCACGCCCCUGCAGCUACAGCAGUUCGCCUCUCUGGCCACCAAUGAGAAAGAGAAGCAGCGGCUACUGGUCCUCAGCAAGGGGCUGCAGGAGUACGAGGAGUGGAAGUGGGACAAGAACCCCACCAUGGUGGAAGUGCUGGAGGAGUUCCCGUCCAUCCGGACGCCGGCCACCCUGCUCCUCACGCAGCUGUCCCUGCUGCAGCCGCGCUACUACUCCAUCAGCUCCUCCCCGGACAUGUACCCCGGCGAGGUGCACCUCACCGUGGCCAUCGUGACCUACCACACCCGAGAUGGAGAAGGACCAAUUCACCAUGGCGUGUGCUCCUCCUGGCUCAACCGGAUACAGACUGAUGAAGUGGUGCCUUGCUUCGUGAGAGGCGCCCCCAGCUUCCACCUACCCCGAAACCCCCAGGUGCCCUGCAUCCUGGUUGGCCCGGGGACCGGCAUCGCCCCCUUCCGAAGCUUCUGGCAGCAGCGACAGUUCGACAUUCAACACAAAGGAAUGAGUCCCUGCCCCAUGGUCCUGGUCUUCGGGUGCCGGCAAUCCAAGAUAGAUCACAUCUACAGGGAGGAGACCUUGCAGGCCAAGAACAAGGGGGUCUUCCGAGAACUGUACACGGCUUACUCCCGGGAGCCCGACAGACCAAAGAAAUACGUACAAGAUGUGCUGCAGGAGCAGCUGGCCGAGCCUGUGUACCGGGCCCUGAAGGAGCAGGGAGGCCACAUCUACGUCUGCGGGGAUGUCACCAUGGCCGCUGACGUCCUCAAAGCCGUCCAGCGCAUCAUGACCCAGCAGGGGAAACUCUCGGAGGAGGAGGCCGGCGUGUUCCUCAGCAGACUGCGGGAUGACAACCGGUACCAUGAGGAUAUUUUCGGAGUCACCCUGCGAACGUACGAAGUUACCAACCGCCUUAGAUCUGAGUCCAUUGCCUUCAUUGAGGAGAGCAAAAAAGACACGGAUGAGGUUUUCAGCUCCUAACUGGAUCCUCCUGGCCAUAUGGAUGGCGGGACGGCCGCCCCAAGUGCCCCAGCCAGGGCGACCCAGGUUCUCUAAGCGCGGACACACUCGGCUGAACCUUUCCCACGGGACCCCACGUGCCCCACCCCCACCCCCGCUCCGCCUCGCGUCCUGUUGCUGCACCCAGAUCCUCCCUUCUCUGGGCUCUCACCCCUCGGCGGCGGUUUCCUGGGUCCCCAGGGGUUUCCUCCUUGACCCUCCUGCUGCGUGCAUCCCCCUUGUACUCCGCGGUGGCUCUCACACACCACGUCCUCCCUGCCGGCUCGCUGCUAGGGGCGGGUCGUGGCACAUAAAACCAGUGGGUUGUGGCUGUCGCUCGUGUUAGGGUCCAUGCUGGGGGGGUCCCCUGGGAAGGUGGCGGGCACUGGACUUCAGCACUAUCCUGAGCCAGUCCCUUUGGCCACCCAAGUUCCUCCCUCCCCCAUGCUUUUUUUGUAUGUGUGUGUGUGUGAUGCUGUUUUGGUCAUGCGUGCACACAUAUGUGCACAUGAUACAGCAAGGACUUUGUCCUCUUGCCUGUGCAAGCGUGCUGGCCUUAGAUCCGUGUCCACUGCCUUCUGGGAGGACCCCCCCCGCCCCAGUGCCGUGAAACAUGCCCCUACUGUGCUGAUUCCUUGUAUGUGUGUCAUGAAAGGACUGUGCCAGUGUCCCAGAAACACAUACAGCGACCCCCCCCACCGCCGAUGGUCCCCAUGCAAAGAUUAGAGAAUGAGAUGUGUGAUGAUCAAAAAUCUCCCCACGAUGGAGCCAAUCACAAAAUCCCACGCAUUCAGAUGACCACACUGGUCAGUGGAAAAUAAAACCAUCUCAUGGACUGGGCAAACCCUUCCCCCUGUCCACCCACCACAGCCAGGGCCACUUUCGGUGAGUCCCUUACCAGGCAAUCCCACCCAGGUAGCCCAGCAGCCCUCCUGUGCAGGGAAGCCUGCUGUAGGUAAGGACCUUCCCACUUGAUCACUGGGAAACUUGAAGCAAGGUUAAAAAGGAUCAGGCCGGGUAUAGUGGCGCACGCCUUUAAUCCCAGCACUCAGGAGGCAGAGGUAGGAGGAUAGCCAUGACUUUGAGGCCACCCUGAGACUACAUAGUGAGUUCCAGGUCAGCCUGGGCCAGAGUGAGACCCUACCUUGAAAAAGCAAAAGAAAAAGAAAAAGUAUUUGGUUAGAAAGAAAAACCACAUGGAUUCUCCUAUAAGAACUGGGACUCAGGGCUGGAAAAGCUAGGACCUCCAGCUUUUGGCCUCCUGAAAUCUCCCAAGUUUGAAACCUGCUAAAAUAUUUUUGAUUUUUAUCUGUUUAUUCAAGGUAGGGUGUCACUCUAACCCAGGCUGACCUGGAACUCACUCUACAGCCCCAGGCUGGCCUUGAACUCACAGCGAGCCUCCUACCUCUGCCUCCGGUUGCAUCCUUGGGAUUAAAGGCUUGCGCCACCACACCGAGUUUAGAAUAAUCUUCAUAGAGAUUCUCUACUGAAAUCCCCAACUAUGGGCAGCAAAGGCUUCUGUGAGAAUUAGGCCCAGGUUUCUCUGAGUCACCACCCACUGAGUUCACCUUCUAGGAGUUGCAGUCCCUUCCACACUUACAUGUUUUAAAAAAAAUGUGUCAGAGAGUUAGUGUUGUGAGAUAGCCAAGAACCCCGUGACCAGGAGGAGUUGGCUGUGGGUCCCCAGCUCUGUUUUUGUUUGGUUUGCUUUCUGUCAGAUACAAGUGUGUGUGUGUGUUUCCUUCAUGUCCUGAGUCUGGACACUUACUUUCUUUCUCAAUGCUCAUUUUGGGGACUGUCCAAGAGAAGGUGUCACGAGUCAUUAUGAGUCUGUACAGUUGAGGUGCCGAGACACUAAGGACUGUAACCCCUUAAAGUUCAGAGGGCAACCACGACUUACCUUUCCUUGGCCAGCCCCACUUGGCAGCUGGCAUGCCAACCUUGUCCCAGUCAUAAUCUCACCUGCCCUCCUUUAAUCCUGGUUGGUCCUGCCUAUUAGCUUCUCGUUAAUAUUGAGACUAAGCCACCAGCACUCCACAGUGACCCUGUCUAGCCUGGAGGAAAACCAGUGGUGAUGUCCCGCUGUUCUGUCAACACAGUUCUGUCUCCCAGGGAUGUAGUGGAUUUCCACUGGAAUGAGGAGGGGCACCUCCUUCCUGUUUAUCUCUGAGCUUCAAGUAGCAAGUGGACAGAUGCAAGCUGCAUGUCCAGAGAAAUGAUUAUAUGACCAGGCUCAUCUUUUUCCCAAGAGACUUGACUUUUUUUAAUUUCCUUACCUCUUUCCUUCCUUCCUCCCUUCCUUCUUUCUUUCCCUCCCUCCCUCCCUCCCUCCCUCUCUC